GCGGCGGAAGUGCGCACGGGGCCCGACCGACGGCAACGGGGCGCCUGGCGGCUCGGCCCUGCAGCGGUGAGGGCCUGGGAGAUAAAGAGCGGCUUACGCACGACCCUCCCCUGCCUGCGGCUGGUCCGUAGCCUACGCCGGCACAACCUUCAGGUCGCAACUGCUGCCACCCUGCUGGCACAGCCGAACCGCCUUGGUGACGCUGCUGCGAGCGAGGCGGGUGCGUCUGCAGCCCUAAGUGAGGGCUGCGCGUGCGUGGAGCUGUGCCGUGCCGUGCCGUUCCGGGGGCGGCCUGAGCGUGACCUGCUGCCUCUGUGAGGCCCCCCAGCAUCUGUGGGGCCAUAGGUGGAGUUAAAUGGUCGACGCUGCACAGCAGAGAUCUGCUUAGGGAAGGUGGCUCCAGAGAGCGGUGGUCUGGCCUUCUGGAAAACGGCCCAUCUUACGUGUAUCUUCCAUUGUUCCCCGGGCACCUGGGUGCUCUUGUUUUCUGACUCAGUUGAGACAAUGACCAACUUUGAAAAGAACUUCCAUCAGGAAAUGGUUUCUCAGCUGCAUAAUUUUGCUGCGGUUGGAGACGCAGCCAGGCUGAAAGCGUUGCUCAGCCGUUCCCCGUCACUGAUCAAUGCAACUGCAGGUAAUGGCUGGACAGCCCUGAUGUAUGCUGCGAGAAAUGGACACUUUGAUGUUGUGCGGAUUCUUCUUGAAGGAGGAUGUGACAGGUCCAUCAUUAAUAAAUCAAGACAGACAGCUCUGGACAUUGCUAAAUUUUGGGGGUACAAGCACAUUGCUAAUUUGUUGGCUAAUGCAAAAGGAGGCCAGAAGCCUGGCUUUCUGCCGACUGAAGUGAAAGAAUAUUCAAAUUAUUUUGGCACAACGCUUCUGGACCGAAGAAGUGAUAAAAGAAUAGAUUCCAAGUGGCUAAGCAAAAAACAAAGCCAUCCAGCUACAGUAUACAUACUCUUCUCAGACCUAAGUCCAUUGGUUACUCUGAGUGGGGGAGCGGAGAAGUCGCAGCAGCCAGAAGUCAGGCUUUGCAGGCUGCACCACAAGGAUGUGGAACAGUACAUGAUCCAGACUGAAGAAUUCACCUUGAUUUUUCUUGGAGUUGAUCUUCAGUUCCACAUGAAUCUCACAGUGGCUGCUCACAAUGGGAAGGUUCUGCAAGAAGAUGAUGAGGAUGGGCUCGUUGCUUGGUUUGCUCUUAGCAUAAAUCCUACUUCUGCUGAGAGAUUUAAACAGAAGCAUGAGGACUGUUACUUUCUUCAUCCACCAAUGCCAGCACUACUGCAACUACCUGAAAAUGAAGCUGGAGUAGUAGCCCAGGCUAGAUCCAUUCUAGCAUGGCACAGCCGCUACCGUUUCUGCCCAACUUGUGGGAGUGCCACCAAGAUUGAAGAAGGUGGCUACAAGAAAACUUGUGUAAAAGAAGAUUGUCCCAGUCUCCAAGGCGUUCAUAACACGUCAUAUCCAAGAGUUGACCCUGUUGUGAUAAUGCAAGUCAUCCACCCAGAUGGGAAUCACUGCCUUUUAGGUAGACAAAAGAGGUUUCCCCCUGGAAUGUUUACCUGUCUUGCUGGAUUUGUAGAACCUGGAGAAACAAUAGAAGAUGCUGUUCGAAGAGAAGUAGAAGAGGAAGCUGGAGUCAAAGUUGGCCAUGUUCAGUAUGUCUCUUGUCAGCCAUGGCCAAUGCCCUCCUCCCUAAUGAUUGGCUGCUUAGCUGUGGCAGUGUCUACAGAAAUUAGAGUUGACAAGAAUGAAAUAGAGGAUGCCCGCUGGUUCACUAGAGAACAGGUCGUGGAUGUUCUCAUUAAAGGAAAUCAGCGUUCAUUCUUUGUACCACCGAGUCGAGCAAUUGCACACCAGUUGAUAAAACAUUGGAUUGGAAUGAAUGCUAAUCUUUGAAUUAAAUUCUUUCUUCUAAUGAAUUCCAAAAUUAGGGAUGAAUUUUAAAAAACUGCUUAUCUAGUGCUUCUGCAACCAUGUGAAUUUUUGAGGCUUUCUUUAGGUUCCUGAGGUGUACUACACAAAUCUUUACAGACUUUUUUUCAUGUCUGAGUGAGAACUGAGGAAAAACUCAGUGAAUAUCCCAAGGAAGCAGAAAACAUAUAGACAAUAUAGACAAAAUGAAUUGUGCCCAGCUACUUUGUGUGUGCGUGUGUGUGUGUGUGAUUUUUGAUAAAAUUACCAUGCCUGUCACUGUUAUGCUCUUAAUGUUGAUUUGAGCUUUUCUAUCCCUCACUGGGAGGAGUUACUACGUUACAGGAAAGCCUAACCUUUCCUUUAGUCUGAACUCUGCAUUUAUAUCCUCCAGUUUUGUCAUGCUAGUAUUCUUCUCAUUUUUUCCUAUCUCCGUUUUUUAAAUUCUAUGUGGCACAGAAAACACCAGUGUUCAGUGUUGAAACUCCUGUCAGUAACAGUUAUUUUUAAGCUAAUAGCAUCAUUAAGUGGUGAAUAUGUAGUACCUUUUAUCUCUUACAUGAAGAACAUUCGAAGCAGAACGUUUACUCCUCCAGAUCCUCCAUCUGAUUUGGCGGGCACUUAACCAGUUGUGUGAACUUGAAUUUGAAUUUCUAACACAAUACUCUGUUUAUGAAAAAUGUACUGGAAAAUCUUUCCAAAAAUCCUAAAUGACUUUAUAGAAGAUAAUGUAUUUAGUGACAGUGAGUUAUUUCAUUCUCUGAUAGAAAUGGAACUGCAGAGUACUGGAGGAGAGUAGUAGAUUAUUUAAAAGACGUGAAAAUGUAUACAAAGCUGUUCUAUAGAAAUUGGGACAGUAGGUUGUUAUUGCUAUUAAGAAUUUACAAUUGAUAGGAUUAUAAUCAACCCCAGCUGUAUGAUUGAGAAGGCAAUAUGUUAAUUAUUUACUUGAGUAUUUUUAAUGCUGUAGUUCAGAUUUGUGCCUUAAUUUAUUGUUAUUGAAAGAAUAUAAGCAUAUAUCCUUUGAAAAUGGAAGGUUAUAAAAAUAUACCAUUAUUAAUGUCAUGACAUUAUGAAUUAGUACUCUGUAAUGAUGCAGUGAUAUAAAAAGAAAAGCAAAUGGCCAGGAGGAAACACAGUGGGGGUCAUAAGAAUUAGCUUAUUAUUAAAUAGUGCUUUGUUUAUUCAGAAUAAUAUGAGUAUUUUUUUAAUCAAUGUAAAAUUUGUUUCCAAAUUCUUUGUAAGUUCAGAAUCAUUAAAAAUGUUUUACAGAUCCUAA